AUGCCAGACAUUCCCACAUAGCCAGGUGGACUUGACAGAAAGUACCAUGUGCUCAUGUCUCUAUUUCUCUGUAGGAGCACCAGCAGAAAAUUCCCAAGCAUGGAUCUAACUACACCGUCCUGGAGCACUGCCAACACAACAAUGAAUGACAGCGACUACAUUGAAAACGUAUUCUGUAUCAACAUGGUCAAUAUCCUGAAUAUUCUUAUUGGCACCAUUGCCGUGGUUGGACUGGCAGGAAAUGCCAUAGUGCUGUGGCUUCUGGGAUUCCAAAUGCACAGGAACGCCUUCUCUGUCUAUGUUCUCAACCUUGCUGGGGCUGACUUCCUCUUCCUCUGCUUUCAGGCUGUGUACUUCCUGAGAAAUAUCUUUGCACAGUUCCAUAUCAGCUACUUCCAUAUCCCCAUCUUUCCCUUCACUGUGUUAAUCUUUGCUUACCUUGCAGGUGUGUGUAUGAUUGCAGCCAUCAGUGUCGAGCGCUCUCUGUCUGUGUUGUGGCCCAUCUGGUAUCACUGCCAACGACCAAGACACACAUCAUCUGUCAUGUGUGCCCUGCUCUGGGCCUUCUCUCUACUGUUAAGCCUCCUGUUAGGGAAGAGUUGUGGCUUUCUGGUUAAUUAUUAUGACAGUUCUUCCUGUAGGACUUACAGUUUUAUCGCUGCUGCGUUUGUAGUAGUAGUAUCUAUGAUUCCUUGUGGAUCCAGUCUGGCCCUGUUAGUCAGGAUCUUCUUUGGCUCACAAAGGAUUCCUGUGACCAGAUUGUAUGUGACCAUUGCAUUCACAGUGCUGGCCUUCUUAUUCUUUGGUCUUCCCUUUGGUAUCGGUUGGUUCUUCUUAGAUUGUGUUGUGGAGUUGCAUAGAAUUUUUCCUUGCAUCUGUGAAAUGACAACUUUCCUAUCCUGUGUUAACAGCAGUGCCAACCCCAUCAUUUACUUCCUUGUUGGCUCCAUUAGACACCACAGGCUGCAACGGAAGACUCUGAAGAUUCUACUGCAGAAAGCCAUGCAGGACACUCCUGGGGAGGAAGGUGGAGAGACGGGUUCUUCAGGAAAUCCUGGAGAUCAGGAAACAGUCUGGUGUCGCAGUUAA